GAGUUACUUCCAUAAGUUUGGGAAAAAACUUAUUGCAGAAAUGUAGUAUUUGUCGACUUUCAUUGCUUGAAUUUGUAUAAGAAUGAACCACGAGAGAAAUGAAAUUUAAAUUUAUAAAAUGCUUUUGUUGAAUUAUUGGAUGUCAAAUGUUUAUCAAUAACAACAUUUUAUGCGUCUUUCCGCUAGAAAUUAAAUUUCUAUUAUAUUAUUCCUAAUUCUUAAAAACUUUACCUUAAUUUUAUUGAUCGCAAGUGAUACUGGAACUAUUUACACAAGGGUUGCACGAUCCACUACAAGAAAUCUACGUAGUAGAAGCGCUGUUAAGUUUUAAUAUUUAUAUUAAAUUUAAACUUUAAGGAAAUUUCAUAAACUUAAUCUGUCAACCCUAAUCUCUCAAAAAUUCUCUUCUGCAUUGCAAAUGUAUUGUAAAUACAUAAUUGGAUUCAUAAUGACGUGACCGCAGUUUGCUGAUUAUUUGAAACAAUUUUUGUUAUGUUUUAACAUUUGUAGUGAUUUUAACUUUAACAAAGAUGGAUGACGACGAUCCCGUAGUGCAAGAGAUACCAGUUUAUCUAUCGAGGACCUUAGCCAAGAAUCUGUACAUAUAUCAGUAUCCAGCAAGGCCCGCAAAUAGGGACUGGAGUGAUGUGCAGAUCGUGAAUGCUGCUCUUAAGCCUAAAAACCAAGUUGUAAGGCUGGAAGUUGGCCUAGACACGAACAGUGAUAAGUUCUGUUCUUCCGUUGCUGAACAGAUAGCAAUAAACACUGAUGGACAUCAGGAAUCUUCAUGGCAUGUAAAAGAGAAAGAUAAAUCAUUUUAUUUCAAAAAUAGAAUGAUGGAUAAAAUAGUGUAUGAGAGCAGCCGACCAACAGUUGACACUCGACACUAUGCUGUGGCGAUAUUAGAGGAUAAAGAACUACACUGUACUCCUUUACAAGGUAUAAUACAAAUGAGGCCGUCAUACACAUAUCAUGAUAAGCAAGAUAAACGUAAACAAGAAAAGAGCAAGGCUGAUGAUCCUGAAGAGGAAGAGAAUGAACCUGAACCACAACAGGUGACCGUAAAAUUUGCUCGUCAAGAAACAGAUGUGGCUAAGAAAGCACGAGAGAAAUCUUACGAAACUAUAACUCAACGUGUGACUGCAGAGCCUUGGUAUGAUGCGUUUUGGGUGAAUCCAAAUACUGAUCAAGCUGAAUUGGAACGCCUAAAACUGUUCAGUCAAACUACACUUGAUGGCUCAGCCCUAAGUUUGAACGCUCAUGAAUAUAUCCGGAAUCUCGUACCACCACCGCCUGAAGAUGAGGCGGAUAUAGUUCCCACCAAACGGCCUUCAGUUGUAGAGCAAAUUAAGAAUUUACUUCUAAAUGCUAAGUUGAUGACAUUGAGUGACGUCCGGUCGCUCGUCCGCACGGAGAGUGGCAGCGCCGUGAGUGAGAGCGCCGCAGUGAGCGCGCUGUCCAGCGUGGCGUGCUGCGUGCGCGGCGUGUGGGCGGCGCGCUCCGCCGACCUGUACCCGCGCGCCGGGCCCGCGCCCCCCGCGCUGCUGAUAGCCGCCAGGGACCACAUAUUGUACCUCUUCACUCAGAACACGUACAUCGACCGUCGGAAGGUGACCGCGGCUGUACGCCUGCCGCCCUUAGACGUAUUGGAAAUAAUACGUUCAGUCGCCAAAUACAAUCCCCGGUACGGCUGGGAGCUGCUCAUACCGCCCGACGUGGAGUUCGAGAGGAAAUACCCUGACGUGAUUCAAAGGCAGAACCUGGCUUGGGAGGCGAAGCAGAGGCAGUUCACCGAAACGUUGAUGGGCGAAAAUGUACCUAAACGUCAGAGGAAGAAGUCCCAAAGGGAUUCGGUGAGCUCGGACACGAUGCUCAGCCCGAAGCCCCGGUGUAAUAGUGUUAGUGAGGAAGACAGUGAGCGAAAGAGACACAAGAACAAAUCCGCUACCGGUAGCGGGAAAAGGACGCGCAAUGUCAGUUCGGGCAGUGUUACGGAAGGGACGUGAUUUGUGCUCGUUUUAGGUUAUCAAAUUUAUAAUAUAGGCAGUGCCUCCGUUGUGAUAUCACUUGUUCUUCAUCAAAUUAAGUAGGAAAAUAGGCCUUAUUUAUAUAUGACAUUGCGUUCGCUUCCCUCAUCUUUGAUAUGUACGAGAGAGCGUUACUACUUAUUUAUAAAAAUCGUACGUGUCGAUCGAAUGCUACACAAAAAGAAAUAUAGCAAUAGCACUUGUUGUAUUUUAUCGUUUCAAGUUGUUUUGUCGCUUAUGACGUUUUGGUUUUUAUUUGUUUUUUUUUUAUGGCUUAGGUGGGUGGUUAUCGUAGCCCAUAGACAACUACAACGUAAAUGCCACCACACGCCUUGAGAUAUGAGUUCUAAGGUCUCAGUUUGUACAGUACAACCACAGCACCGGACUUGACCGCCUUGUCCUUUAGGGCACGGCGACUUCAAAUGAUGUUUAUUAGAACUCAAACGCUGUAGCUUCAAUUGAGAUUAUUAAAAGCUUUUUAAGAUAGCCUUUAAAUUGUUUGCUGGCUCCUGGUACGUCUACCUGCUAUACUUUUCUCAAUGUGACUGUUGGUCACAUUUGGUAUUGCUGCAUGCAAUUGGUAUUGCUCUCUCUUGAAUGAUGACGUCAUUGUACAAAAUAGUGCCCUAUCUCUGUAGAAUUAAUUUGAAGCCCUUAAAUACUUUGUAUCGGAUACAGUUGUAAUUUGUUAUUCGUUAAUCGACUGUAUUUAUGAUUAGAGACGAUAUAAAAUAUAAAAACAAAAACAGGAAUCUUGUUUUUAUAAAAUGACGUAAGUGACAAAAAUCCUUCUGAGUUAGCUAUUAAUUGUUAAAAUGAAUCUUAACACCAUAACGUUUGUUGGAUGUAAUUUAUAAUAAAAUGAACGAAUAUAGAAGAUUUUUAAUUGCGAUUAAACCUAAUUUCCAUACAUUUUCUAUUUGAGUAAAUAAAAAUCAGUGUAUAUUUUAAAGGUCACUGAAAAUUCAGUUCAAAUGUCUAUUAAACAAUAAUCCGAACAAUAUUCAUAUGAAAUAUUGUUUAUUUCAUCAAAUGAAGAAACUGGUUUAAGAAAACCUUUAUCUUCCUUUAUCUCUUUUAUGAAGAUAUCGGUAAUGUGAAUUAAAAAAUUAAAAAAAUUUAUUCUUCAAAAUGGGUUUAGUUGUGAUAUAGAAAUACAGUUCUAAUGAAACACUGUGAUAGAUAAUUAUCGUCAGGUAGUUACUGAUUUAGUUUUUAGACUGAGAAUUUGGAUUUUUCAUAGUUAAUCCACGUACCGAGUAAAAUCAUCUCGAGUAACAUUUAAGUUUUUUGUAAAUUAAAUUUCCAAAAAUAAGAGCCACUGGAAUUUU